GAAGAGACCAUCGACCCUAUUCGGCACCUGGAUACUCGGAAGUACAAACAGAGUCGCGAGGGCAGGAAAGUGGCAAGAUGGCUCCUAAAGGCAAGAGUUCUGGCAAAGGCGGGAAAGGAGGAGCAGCUUCUGGGAGUGAAGGGGCAGAUAAGAAGGCUCAGGGUCCUAAAGGUGGUGGAAAUUCAGUAAAGGUCCGACAUAUUCUGUGUGAAAAGCAUGGCAGAAUCAUGGAGGCCAUGGAAAAACUCAAGGCUGGAGUGAGAUUCAAUGAAGUUGCCUCGGAGUACAGUGAAGACAAAGCCCGGCAGGGGGGAGAUUUGGGCUGGAUGUCAAGAGGCUCUAUGGUAGGCCCAUUCCAAGAAGUAGCCUUUUCCUUGCCCAUCAGCAGCUUGGACAAGCCUGUGUACACAGAUCCUCCGGUGAAAACCAAAUUUGGCUAUCAUAUUAUCAUGGUUGAAGGGAGAAAAUAAACUGAUAAAUGUGA